AUGGAGGGGACUCUGGACACAACUCCGGUAUUGUGCCAAAGUGGAUUCUCUGCGGGAUCCGUCAUAAUGAAGAGAUAUCUCCUUCACCAGAAGCUGGGGAGCGGCUCCUUCGCCACAACCUACCUGGUGACCGACUCCAGGGACGCCGACACUCAGAAGGUCAUCAAGAGAAUCCCAUGUAACAGUAUGAAGGCGGAUGCCACGCUUCCAUCGGCCAGAGAAGCCAAGCUCCUGGGCAGCCUCAGGCACCCGUUCAUCGUCCGUUUCUAUGCCAGCUUCCUGGAGAAGGAGGAUUUCUGCAUUGUGACCGAGUAUUGUGAGGGUGGAGAUCUGGACUGCCACCUUCACCAGCUGAGAGAUGGAGGACUGGCGAUGGCAGAAGGACACGUCAUGGAAUGGUUCAUCCAGCUGUUACUCGGAGUUACUUAUCUUCACGAGAGACUUGUUUUGCACAGAGAUUUAAAGACAAAAAACAUCUUUCUAAAGAACGGAACGCUUAAAAUCGGUGACUUUGGAGUGUCUCGUGUCCUCGUGUCAUCGGACCUGGCAACCACCAUCACCGGCACCGCGUCCUACAUGAGCCCCGAAAUCUUCACCCGCAACGGCUACAACUCCAAGUCUGAUAUCUGGUCUCUGGGUUGCAUCCUCUAUGAACUGUGUACCUUCAGACAUGUUUAUGACUGCCCCCGAUGGAUCAGACUGGUAUCCAUGAUUGUUAAUGAUCCGUGUCCCACCCUUCCCCCGAGGUAUUCCACAGAGCUCAAUGAUAUUCUACAAAGGAUGCUGUCCAAAGACCCGGAGCUACGACCGAGUGCCAAAGACAUCCUGAACUUUCCUUACGUCGCCGACAGAGCAAAGGUCCUGGAAGAAUGGUUGCAGGAGGUGCUGAGUGAGGACAGGCGGGUCUCUGUGGAAGAUGACGUUACCCGAAUCGCAGCCGCCAUGCAGGAGAAGUUGCAUGUGGACAGUUUACGUGUCAUGAGGGUUGUGCAGGAAAUGCCGGCACGUCAACGCCGGAGAAUUCGCCAAGAGGAACGAUCAGAGACCAGCAUGGGAAAGCUAAAAAGGGCCGCUGAGCGAGUUUAUCAGGAAAAUCAUCAGAAGCUGGAAGAUGACGGAAAAUAUCAAGUCCUUAAAAAUGCUUGGAUGGAGAAUGAAGCUCGCCCCGCAGACGAGGAACACAAAGCCCUGGUGAGUAUCUACUUGGAAGCACUGGUAUGCAUCUACUUGGAAGUCCUGGUAGGAAUCUACUUGGAAGUUCUGGUAGGCAUCUAUUUGGAAGCCCUGGUAGGCAUCUAUCUGGAAGCCCUGGUAGGCAUCUAUUUGGAAGCCCUGGUAGGCAUCUAUCUGGAAGCCCUGGUAGGCAUCUAUUUGGAAGCCCUGGUAGGCAUCUAUUUGGAAGCCCUGGUGAGCAUCUACUUGGAAGUCAUUGUGAGCAUCUACUUGGAAGCCCUGGGUGAACUGCAGUGGUCUACACCGAGCCUCAACCUGACCCUUACUGAACACCUUUGGGAAGAACUGGAGUGGUCUACACCGAGACUUGACCUCAAUCCUACUGAACACCUUUGGGAAGAACUGGAGUGGUCUACACUGAGACUUGACCUCAAUCCUACUGAACACCUUUGGGAAGAACUGGAGUGGUCUACACCGAGACUUGACCUCAAUCCCACUGAACACCUUUGGGAAGAACUGGAGUGGUCUACACUGAGACUUGACCUCAAUCCUACUGAACACCUUUGGGAAGAACUGGAGUGGUCUACACCGAGACUUGACCUCAAUCCCACUGAACACCUUUGGGAAGAACUGGAGUGGUCUACACUGAGACUUGACCUCAAUCCUACUGAACACCUUUGGAAAGAACUGGAGUGGUCUACACUGAGACUUGACCUCAAUCCUACUGAACACCUUUGGGAAGAACUGGAACAAGAAGAGGAGAGCGAAGAGGAGGAGGAGAGCGACGUUGGUUCAGUAUUGACUCUAUCAUUACCUCUGUCAGAGCAGCAGAGCAACACGCUGAGUGCGUACCGGAGCUGUCUGCGGAGAUUCCUCCAUUCAAGCAUGGAAAGCGUACAGGACACCAUUUCUCUGGAUUCCGAGGAGGUGACUCCAACUGUCUGCAAUGAAGAGGAAAUUGCGUUUCUUAAACAAGACUGUAUCCGGCUCCUGGGAGAAGACGGAUUCUGGGAGGUGUACAACUACCUGAGACAAGUCUAUAACCAGCAGGACCCGGAGACCUCCGACCUGGAAGAGAAGGACCCGGAGACCCCCGACCUGGAAGAGAAGGACCCGGAGACCCCCGACCUGGAAGAGAAGGACCCGGAGACCCCCGACCUGGAAGAGAAGACUCUCUGUGAACCUCAAGUGAUGAAGCUUCAUCCUCAUCUUUGUUAUAAGGUCCAGCAGCUCUUGUUCCUGGAAGAAAGAAUGGAAGAAGAACCCCAAAAUCCACACUUAUCCUGGAUAUGACGGCGUAGAUUUUUUGUGAAAUAGGCUCAUUUACGGUAGAGGAUCCGGGGACUAAACCAGCUGAGUCAGGAUUGCGUCAGGAGACCUCAUACAAUUGUAUCUGAUUGAUAACAAACUACUUGAACCUCAGAGACCUCCCACCAACCAACCUAAACCUCAAAUUAAAUUGACAAGUAAUUAUGGAAACCUUUAGAUGUUCAGAAGGAGAUGUCCGGUGCCAGCCGACCUCACUGGUUGGUGUUCCUCCAGGAGCGGUGAUCUUCGUAUAUCCGGGUGGAGAGAGAACGCCAUAGGUUAAGGACAGUCGAUGUUUUAUAAUAGUACAGACUUUGGCCCAGAUUCACAAAGCACUUACGCCGACGUAUAACACGUU